AAAUUACUUGUUACUUCUGAUAGCAGCUGCUUGCUUCUCUGCUCACUCAUUCACCCCACAGACUUGCGGACAAGUCCCUGCGAUCUGCAGCAUCCUACCGAUCUCUUUUCGUGGUAGCAGUGUCAGUUCCCGCGCAGCAUGAGGUGAUAAGCUAUCACAUCUUCAUCAUGAUCACAAGCAUUCUUGCUCGGCCUUUAUUACGCCAGCAAGCUCCUCUCUCCCGCAUCGACACUCAUCUUCGGAAGUCCAUCAUGUCUCAGCGGCAAGCCUUCUCCUCCUACUUUGUGACGCCCAAAGAAGUCAACGACGCAAUGAGGCAGAAUGCUCCCACGACUAUAUCCACGUCUCCGAAAGUCAUCCCCAUCUGUGCAGCAUGGUUCAUGCCGAACGACCCUGAGAAGAGAACUGGCCUUGAGAUCUUCAAGAAGAGCAGAAUACCGACUGCGAGGUUCUUUGAUAUUGACGAGAUAAAGGACAAGGAAUCGGAAUAUCCGCACAUGCUCCCCACAUGUGACGAGUUUGCCAACGCCAUGUCCAAGCUCGGUGUCAGGAAGGAGGAUGAGCUGGUUAUCUACGACACUGAAGAACUUGGAUUAUUCUCGGCGCCUCGAGUUGCAUGGACGAUGCGCGUAUUUGGUCACCCAAAGGUCCAUGUGCUGAACAAUUUCCGCCUCUGGGUCAAGGAGGGCUGUCCUGUUGAGACCGGACCGCCUCAGAUUCCGAACAUCACUAAAUACCCAGUGCCUAGUUACAACACGGACAUGGUGGUGAAGUUUGCCGAAAUGAAGACCAUUGGCUAUGAUCAUGGAAAAGAAGGCGCCGAGGAUAUACAGAUCUUGGACGCUCGGCCAAAGGGUCGAUGGGAAGGGAAAGACCCAGAGCCUCGACCUGGUCUUAAGUCUGGACACAUGCCAGGCUCAACAAGCCUCCCAUUUACUGAGCUGCUUGACCCGGAAACAAAGACGUUACUGCCCAAGGAAGAGUUGAUCAAAGUCUUUGAAGCUAAGAACAUCGAUUCUAAAAAGCCGAUCAUCACCAGCUGUGGCACCGGGGUGACAGCAGCCAUCAUUGAAGCUGCUCUCAAGGAGGCGGACUUUGGAACAGAGAAUGAUCGAAGACUAUAUGAUGGUAGCUGGACGGAGUGGGCCUUGCGAGUAUCGCCUACCAGUGGCCUGAUCCAGUCCAGCAAGGUUUCACAAUAAGCCGGUGGCAGCUGCUCGCAUCUUUUCGAACAAGUAUUGAGGCGCAUGGUGCAAUGAAUUCGUUGCCGCGUAUGAAUUGACGGUGGCUUGGGACGUAUGCCGUUAGCGACGGCGUAAAGGCGUUUUAUUGAUUUUCAUUUUCAUUUUCAUUUUCAUUUCAUAGGCUGAUAUGGUUUUCCAAAUCCAAUCCCCUCCGUCAUC